AUGACUGGCCGCGGAAGAAGAGCCCCGAUAAAACUACCUCCCUCAGACCCAACACUCAAAACUCGUCCAGUUCCAAGGGAGCGUCACUUCGACUUGCGCUCUUUCGGACCAGCUGCCUCCCCUGAAACCCAACAAAACUUUCAUUCCAUCGAAGAGUUAGAGAAGAAGCUUGAAGCCAGCAGUCUGAGUGAGGAUGAUGGGGAAGAAGCAGACGAUACCAAGGAGCUCCUCGAACUGCUUAUCAGCGAAUGCGAUGUGGAUUGGCGUGAAGAUGGUACUCCGCCAGAGGAUUUAACAUGGGGCCCUACUAUUGUUGUCACAGCCUAUUCGGAGACUGCUAAGAAGGACCUCGAGGCUUUCAAGCGUCUCAGACUCGACGUCAUCGAGAAUCAAGAGCUUUUGAGAAACGCCUCUGACGAUCGUGUCAGAGAAGAGUUUAACUCUCACGUCCGUGCUCUCGGCCUGUUUCCUCAAAAUGCAAAGCGGCGUAGAAGGUUCUCCUCGGAUUGCCUCAACAGACCAGAUGGUCCUCAACGUUAUGGCUUCUGUAUUGUAUUGGACGAUCAGAUCAUCAAGACACUUGCGGCACUUGUCUUUCCAGAAGAUCUGAAGAUAGAUGAAGAGCUUUUGAAGGACGUUUUCGUUAAAGUGAUCGAUCGCAGCUGGACGUACCCGGAGGAAGAUGAUAACGAAUAUGGUCUGGGACCCGGAAGGAGAGUUUAUGAGGCACCUUGGCCAUCCUUUAGCAGUUGGGACCACGACCUGGAGACUGACAUCCACAUUCGUGUUUGCCUGGGUUGGGCAUUGUUGGCAUCCACUGUAAGCGAAGCACUUGAUAGUUGGAAGCCUGUGCCGCUAUCCACAAUGUUGGUUGACAUGUUGCGCAUAUGCCAUUUUGUGCGAUACUUGCGAUUUACAAAUGAUAUCGCACAGGGUGUCUCCUCCCGGGUUGAGUCACCCAAAGCCAUCGCCAUCUUUGCUCAAACACGAUGCGCUUGCCACAAUAGUACCGGAGCAUCUAGUACAUGGGAUAGAAGAGAGUGUCAAAUCUCCCUCGACUGA